AUGAGUCAGGACAUCGGGUGUUGCUAUGCCUUUGGGAUAAUUGCUUUGUUGCAGUUGCUAACCGGCAAUGUUAUAUCAUCACCAACUCAACAACUUCUAAACAAAGUUUCCGUAAACAUGACCGAUGUUUGUUUGAAUGAACGCGUGGCAAAGGGUAAUGGCCUCGUAUUUUUUGACAUAAAUCGUGCCCAGGUCACGCAUGCGUACGGUCACUCGGGCUACGGUUGUCAACAAGUGAUCCACGAUGCAAAAAGCAAUCUCACAAUUGCUUAUGUUACGAAUGCCAUGAAAUUUGGUAUCUACGACCAGUGCCGCACCUAUAUUCGCCUGCAGCAAGCUGUUUAUGAUGUUGUCGAAAAAAUCCAGAAAGCUUAG